UUGACCAAACCUGGUGCAGGGUAAGCUUUUGGCAGACAUCGUCAACCUCUCAUGAAAGCACGGCCUGAUCUCAAUGAGGGCGUAACGUUGCUGGUUUCGUGGGCUUUGAGACUGGCUCUCCAGGGACCGGCUCAUCAGGGGGACGCAGUUGCGCAGCAGCUUUUGUGUGUCGGAGAUGCCCUGGAUGUACUUCGACCUGAAGCGGCCGCACGGCCGAGGGACGCACCGAGAGUAGGUCUCAUCGUCCAGCCGUACGUUUGGGCCCUGGCUCUUGCGAUGGUCGACCUCGCCAAUCGGCGACGCAAGGGCAUUCACAGGUGCUUUGCCGACAAGGGAUCGAUCGCUUCUCUAGAAACUGGCCACGUGGCGGAAGCAAUCGAACACGAGGCAUACUCCUUUGUGGAAUUGGCUGCCGAACUCUUCGCUGCAGGCUUGACUGGGGCAGGCACGCGGACUGGCUUCGGCUGUUCCGCGGCGCCGCUUGCGCCGCUGUUCGGGGCUUGCGAAAUGUGCGAGACAACCGUCGUCAAGUGUCACCGGUUCUCUUCAACGCCCUGCCGGCCGGAGCUAUGUGUCUGUACGCAUGGCUCUUCCCACCAUGCCUGUAUUGAUCCCCGCGCGACCCCGAUUUCGUUGCCGGCUUUGACCGAGCGGCCGGGAGAGAAUGUGGUCGGAGCUCGGGCCACUUGUGACUCCCGCACCACACAAUCGGCAUCGGCUCGAUGGAACCUUGCCGCUGUGGACCUUCUUCGACGUGGUGAGAAGUUUAUUUCGUCGAUUGGACAGGCAGGAAUUCGGGACCUGUUGGGACUGAAGCGGACGGUGGGAAGCAUUGAUGGUUGCCUUCCCCCCUCUCGCCGUGUCCUAUUGAAGGCCAUCAACAAGCCACACUUGUUGGUGGUGAGCGAAGGGUGCGCUGGCACGCGUUCUUCAGGAUCAUGUCUUGCGGCUGAUGGGAGCCAAAAGAGAUCCGAGGGACGCGCGAUACUACCGAGGGCUACGACCGUCUGCAUUUUGACGGUGGGUGGCCGAGCUCUUUGCAAGCACGCCGUGCGCGCAAGAGAGGGCUGGUGGGGAGAGUGUGGGGGUACAGAAGCAGAAAAAAACGACCACGCCGAGGAGGUGACGUUGCGAUUGCUGGCGGGGGCCACGUGGGUAAACCUCCACGUGUUCGGAGGAGGAGGGAAAGAUGGCGUGCUCGAGAUACGAGAAGAGUCGGGCUACGGAGCCCGUUGGAGUGCAGAUGGUGCUGUAUUUCGAGGAUUCCUUGAGCCUCAUAUGAAGGACGGGCACGAGAAGGGCUGGAGACAUUGAUUUGGUUUCGCUUGCCUUAAAACGCAAUCGAUGUGGCUGGUGUACAUCCGGUAUCUAUAUGUUUCGUGGAGGCGCGUUCCAGCGGACGGCGACAAAUCUACACUUGACAGAGUUGCCCAGUUUUGAAUGUACUGAAGUGCAAGUGGGACAUUGGCAGCAUUUCCUCAU